AUAUUUACUUCUAACCAAGUUUGGUCACACCAAGCCGCACAUCUAUUUAAAAUCGCUACUUAACAAACGAUAGUCUUUCUAAAUGGCGGUUUCGGCUGAAAUCGAGAGGGUGAUGGGCCAGGGCAACUGCCUGAUGCCCGACAUAAACAUCUCCCAGGGCGACCUGGCCAAUCCCUGCGAGGGCGUUGUGACCAAGAUCCUGGUGCACUAUCUUAAGUGUUUCGGGUUCCGCCUGGAUCCGCCUUACAAAACAGGCAGUGAGCUCGCCCACUCAUCGCGAGAGGGGCGCGUCUUCCUCAUCCGGCUUUGCCGCCAAGUGGAGCGCAUUAUACAGAUCAGCUUUCCCAACAAGACCUACACAUAUGUGGACAUAAUUAAACCAGCUGUUAAAAAAACACUCUCCACUCUGAGCUAUUUGUUCAACUACUUAGCCUACUACAAAGUGUUCAAGAAGAAAGUGCUGGGACCCGUGGAGGAGACCAUCAAGCUGAAGGACUCCCUGACAGCCGAGAUCAAAGCCAAAAGCCUGCAGUUGGAGCAACGCAGGCAGAAGGCGGACACUGUGGAAAGCGAUAGGAAGGAUUGCGAGGUGGCCAUCAACCAGCUGAAGAAAGAACUGCAGGAUACUCAGGCCAAACUUCAUCAAUUGAAGAAAUCCUGUAGCGAGCAUGUCAACGGUCUGGAACUCCUGGAGCAGGAGGAGAUAGAGCUGGGCAAGCGCAUCUGUCACUGGGAGCAGCUGGUGGUGGAGGACAGUCAAGUGAUGGAAUUGAGAAACAAAAUCAAGGUCGCCUCCUCCCACGUCGAGAGCUGCAAAGCUGAGCUGGCAAGCAAGGAGCAGGUGACCAAUGAACAUCGCCGUGUGAUUGAAGCCAGCCAGCAGGCAGCCACUGCUCUGGAGAAGGCCACGGCCGCACUUGCUCCCAGCAAACUUGAGGAUUACAAGGAGAGCACGAAGCAGCUGGAGGCGAUGGGGAAACAGGUGCCCACCUUGGAAGCCAGUUACCAACAGCGUCGCCAGGACUCGGAGCUGAAGAAGAAAGAAAUCUCCUCUUGCGACCAGCAGUACGACACCCGGAAGCAGAAACAUGAUUCCGAGGAUCGCAAGCUACAAAAGCAACUUGAACAGCUGCAAGUCGAUUUAAGGGACCGCAAGAGUCGCAUGGAAGAUCUGGAAACCGUCGUAAUGGAGCUGAACCAGCGAAAUUUGGGCCUGGAGCAGCUGCAUGGUAUUUUAAGUGAGCACCUCUGUGAAGCUCUCGGCGAAAACUGGCAGAUCAAUUCCACUUAAUAUACUGAUUUUAUUCUAUAAACUGCAAAA